CGCCAACCUACUUGCUCCUCCUUGCUCUCUCCGUUGCCAAAGGCGGAUUUUUUAACGUUGUGGGCGCAGCUCCCUAGGGCUGCUAGUUCCAGAUUUUUUUCGUUUGUAUCAUUCUUUUCGGUGCUGUGCUUAAAUUUGGUGAUGACCACUCCAAUUUCUAGUCUUAAUAGCCUCUUUACAUUUACCUCUCCUGCUGUGAAACGGUUACUAGGCUGGAAGCAAGGUGAUGAAGAAGAAAAAUGGGCUGAAAAAGCUGUUGAUUCGCUUGUAAAAAAAUUGAAAAAAAAGAAAGGAGCUCUCGAAGCCUUAGAAAGAGCCUUAAGUAACCCGGGGGAGCCCUGCGAUUGUGUAACUAUACCUAGGUCUCUUGAUGGAAGAUUGCAAGUAUCACAUCGAAAGGGACUUCCCCAUGUAAUAUAUUGUCGAGUGUGGCGCUGGCCAGAUCUACAAAGUCACCAUGAAUUAAAACCCCUUGAAUGUUGUCGAUUUCCAUUUUCCGCAAAGGAGACAGAAGUAUGUAUAAAUCCAUAUCACUACAAGAGGGUGGAAAGUCCCGUUUUACCCCCCGUGCUUGUUCCUCGGCAAAGUGAAUAUCCUAGCCUAACUCCUGGCUCAGUAGCAAAUUCCCCUGAUCCAGUCUCAGGACACGUCAACGCUAUUGUCUCCUACCAACACCUAGCUCAGCAGCCGACGGAAUCCUCUAUGCCAUAUAAUGUCAGUUAUCCACAUGGAUUUUCAGCUGCUUCGCCAACUGGGCAAUCUGCUCCUUCUCCCUCUGCUGGACUUCCAAACCAAAAUUCUGCCUUGACAACCUACCAACCACACAGUGGUCAAACAGAAUCCUUGCCUCAAAACGUUCAACCUGUCAAUUAUCAGGAACCUAAACAUUGGUGCUCUGUUGUCUACUAUGAGCUCAACAACCGAGUCGGUGAAGCUUUUUUUGCUUCUCAACCUAGCAUCAUUAUUGAUGGAUUCACUGAUCCAUCGAAUAAUUCUGAUCGAUUUUGCCUUGGCCUGCUGUCAAAUGUUAAUCGAAAUUCUACUAUUGAAAAUACUCGCCGCCACAUUGGUAAAGGAGCCAUUUUAUAA